AUCCUCCUGAGCUGGGAGCCACAACGAAACAGAACAGCCCACAGAAGCCCGGCAGGAAGAAGAGAAGCACGAAACAACAAAAACACCCGAAAACUUGAGCCAAGAUGAUGAUGCAGCUGUCAGAAACCUCCAGGCAGAAGAACUCGCUCUUCAACGCCAUGAACCGCUUCAUCGGCGCCGUCAACGACAUGGACCAGACCAUCCUGGUGCCCAGCCUGCUGCGGGACGUCCCGCUGGAGGAGGACAGGGAGAUGGGCGUCCUCAAGUCGGACGUGGAGGACGGGGACAUGUACAGCUACUACGAGCUGCUCAAGUCCAUCCGCAGCGACAUGGAGUGGGGCGUCCGGUGCGCGUCGGCCGACCAGCGGCUCAAGGAGAGCAUGAAAGUGACCCGCUCGCACUCCUCCGCCUCCACCUGCUCCUCCGCCUCCACCUGCUCCUCCUGCUCGGCGUCGUGCUCCGAGGAGGAGGACGAGGGAGAGGACGAGGACCUGCAGAAGCAGUUCCAGUACCACCUGACCGGACUGCAGGGCGUCCUGUCCAAGCUGACCCAGCAAGCCAACUCGCUCACCAAGCGCUACAAACAGGAAAUUGGCAUCGGAGGAUGGGGCCAGUAAAGCGAGGCGCGCGCACAAACUGGACUGUUGAUUUAUAUAUAUAUACAUAUCUCAAUAUAUAUAUUGAUCUGAACUUUCUUCCUGAUUCCUGCUGCUGAUGCAAACAGCGGCAGGCGUCUUCACCGCCAUCCGAGAGGUGGUGAAGAAGGCAGCGGCCACGUGGUCUUUGGUCCUGAUUAAAGCAUCACUUACACUAUUUAAGUCUUUAUUUAACGUAGCCUAUUUAUUUACCUCGUCUCGUGCUCCAGCUUUGCGCACGAAGAAGUGGACCGAACCAAGCCUGGCAAAAGGACUCGUCGUCUCCUCUGCCGAGAUGACGGUGAUGUCAGUGGGUUCACGUGGAUUUUGUCCUUUGCUGACUCUCUCUCUCUCUCAGUCUGUUUUUUUUUUUUUUUUUUUUUUUUUUUUUUUGCUUAGACGUUGCUCUCUUUUGUUUAGAAGGAGGCGGUUGCUUACUGUGCAGCUGUCCGUGAUCUCUUUGUGUCCGACAUGGUCAAUGAACUGGAAUCAAAUGAUAAUUCUUCUGCCAGGAGAAUGAUGAGGGUUUCCAUGAGAUGCUUGUCUCUGUUGUCACUGUGGUUUACCCUGUUCGGUAUUAUUGUCACUGCAAGGUCCAUCUGUCAAAACAAGCAAUUACUUUUGUAUGCACCUUUAUAAAAUAUAUAUAUAUAUAUAUUUACGUGUACUUAAUAAACUUUUAUAUAAAUGUA